AUGCGAGAUUAUCUGGAAGGCAGCUCGCUGGCCACCAUGACCAACCUGUAUACCGAUAUCUUGUCGCGUACCAUGAACGAUAAGAUGUUUCAAGUCAGCAGCUGGACCCAGAUAGAAGACGUCUGGUCGUUCCUCGAGCAAGUCCUUACAAGGUGCUCUGUGGAAUUGCUCUUUGGCUCCGCCAUCCUCAAGCAGUAUCCUGGCCUCAUAAAAGACUACUGGAAGUUCGAAGAAGCUAUCCAAGGCUUCUUAUCAACAGAUGAUUUGUUCAGGACCCCACCUUACAAAGAGUCGCUCGACCGGCUAUGGCAGGGCGUCGAAAAGUGGCUGAAAGUCAAUCACAGUGGUACCGAAUUCGCGAAGACUGGACCUGACGACGCAGAUCUGGAUGGGCAUAGGGGUUCGAAGUUCAUCCAAGAACUUGAUGACAUGAUUGCGAGCAGCCAGCUACCUUCUGAGGCAAGAAUCGCGGAGAUGUUAGACGUAAUGCACUAG